AUUCUCAACAGCCGGCGGGGAGAAAAUGGAUCUCACAAGGAAGAUCCAGCAACAAUUUCAAGCUCUCAAUCCCAUCUCUUUAUCUCUAUGCCUUUUCUUCUUCUUCGUACUUCUGCUAAAGCUCUUCGAACGUAAGAAACCCAACUUCCCUCCUUCACCACCAAGGCUACCCAUCAUAGGCAACCUCCACCAAUUAGGUGCCCUGCCACACCAAUCCAUGGCAGCUCUUUCCAACAAAUAUGGCCCUCUCAUGCUCCUAAAGCUUGGCCAGAAGCAUGCCCUUGUGGUUUCAUCACCAAAAAUGGCUAGAGAAGUGAUGAAGACCCAUGACAUCAAAUUCUCCAACAGGCCCCAAACUACUGCCGCACACGAAUUGCUGUACCAAUGUCAAGACAUUGGCUUUGCUCAAUAUGGUGAGUACUGGAGACAAGCCAGGAAAGUGUGCGCUCUUGAGCUUUUUAGUGUCAAAAGAGUGGACUCCUUUCAGUACGUAAGGGACGAGGAAGUUGGUGGGCUGAUGGACAGGAUUCGUAAGGCUUGUGUGGGCGGUGAAGCUGUAAAUCUAAGCCAGUUGUUCCUUCAAACCUCGAACAAUAUAGUGUCGAGAUGCGUUUUGGGAGAGAAAUUUGAGGAUGAAAAUGGGAAUAGUAGAUUUGGGGUCACAGUCAGAAGGGCUAUGGUGCUAAUUGUGGCGUUUUGUGUAGCUGAUCUUUUCCCUUCUCUUUGGUGGAUUGAUAUUAUUAGAGGGUUCAAUAAGGAGUUGAAAGAUUGCUCCAAAACAUUAGAUACAUUUGUUAGUAAAGUGAUUGAAGAACACAAGGAAAAGAUAAGAGAUGGUGUUGGAACUGAUGAAUCUAAGAAGGAUUUUGUGGAUAUCAUGUUGCAGCUUCAACAGGAUGACAUGGUUGACUAUCAUUUCUCUCCUGACAGCCUCAAAGCAAUGUUACUGGACAUGUUUGUUGGAGGAAGUGACACAACAGCAACGACACUGGAGUGGACAAUGACCGAGCUGAUGAGAAACCCAUCAACCAUGAAGAAAGUCCAAGAGGAAGUAAGAACAAUAACAGGAAAGAAAUCAAAGAUCGAAGUCGAAGAUAUUCAAAAGAUGGAGUACAUGCACUGUGUCAUAAACGAAUCUCUGAGGCUCCACCCGCCCGUUCCUCUACUAGUGCCACGAGAAACAGCAGCAGAUGUGGAGAUCGACGGCUACCAUAUUCCAUCAAAAACAAGAGUUUUUGUGAACGCCUGGAAAAUCCAAAGGGAUCUCGAAUAUUGGAAGAAUCCAACAGAGUUCAUCCCAGAGAGGUUUAUGGAUAACAGAUCCGUGGAUUACAAAGGCCAAUGCUAUGAGUUUAUUCCAUUUGGGAGUGGGAGAAGGAAGUGCCCAGGAAUGUCAUUUGGGGUUGCUUCAUUUGAACAAGCAUUGGCUAAUCUUCUCCAUUGGUUUGAUUGGAAGCUUCCCAGUGGCUGUGAAUUGAGCGUUGAAGAAGAAGGUGGGCUCACUGUUUGCAAGAAAAUCCCUCUCCUUCUCAACCCAAUACCGUUAUCUAAUCAUAUAUAAUUCAAUAAUUCUUGUGGGGUUCUUUAGUAUGUUAAUAAUUUGAUCUGUAUUUAUUGGUAUGCUAAAUUUGUGUAACGUUGUAAGUGCAAAUCGCCGUCAAAUACUUGGGAUACGAAUUAUUUUUUGAAAUGUGACUUGCUCUCGACCAAA